AAUCUAAAAGCCUGCGGUUUGUGGCUGCACUAUGUGCGUACCAGGUUCACCGAGGCAGACACCAUUGUGAUGGGGGACGUGACAUAUGGGGCCUGCUGCGUGGACGACUUCACCGCUCGAGCCCUGGGAGCCGAUUUCAUGGUGCACUACGGCCACAGUUGUCUGAUCCCCAUAGAUUCCACGGCGGGCAUUAAAAUGCUGUAUGUGUUUGUGGAUAUCCAGAUGGACAACGCACACUUCCUGGACACAGUCAAGUUUAACUUCUCUCCUGGACAAUCUUUGGCACUUGUCAGCACUAUUCAGUUCGUGGCCGCGCUGCAGGCCGUGAGCGCAGCACUGAAAGCAGAGUAUGAUGUGACUGUCCCACAGUGUCGCCCUCUGUCGCCGGGAGAAAUUUUGGGUUGCACAUCCCCUCGUUUGGAUCGCCAUGUUGAUGCCAUAAUUUAUCUUGGAGACGGAAGAUUUCACUUGGAAUCAAUCAUGAUUGCAAACCCAGAUAUCCCUGCCUUCAGAUAUGACCCCUACAGUAAAGUCUUCUCCAGGGAAUACUAUGAUCAUGAGGCCAUGCGUGCCUUAAGGCUGCAGGCUAUCGACAAGGCUCAAUCCGCUGAUAGGUGGGGCCUUAUUAUGGGAACACUGGGCAGACAGGGCAGUCCCAAAGUCCUGGAGCACUUAGAGUCCAGGCUUCAGUCUCUGGGAAAGUCCUUCACUAGGGUCUUACUCUCAGAGAUUUUCCCGAGCAAACUGGAUUUGAUGGCUGAUGUGGAUGCGUGGGUCCAGAUCGCUUGCCCACGUCUUUCAAUCGAUUGGGGCACAGCCUUUUCCAAACCCCUGCUGUCUCCUUAUGAGGCGGCUGUUGCUCUACGUGAGGCAGACUGGAAGGAAGUAUACCCCAUGGACUUUUAUGCUAAUCAGAGCUUGGGACCGUGGGCUCCAAACCACCCCGACAACCAGCCGGCCCGGCCUGCUCGUAAAAAGAACCAGCAGAGACCAGGCUCGGAGCCAGCCCCUCCCGCCAAGCAGUGUGAGCAGAGUCCGUGCACCCCCUGCGGCUGUCAGAAGGAAUGACCAGUGCCAUUACGGACCACGCUGUCUUCCACUCAUCUCCUGGCUGCCUGAGAAUGGUCAAACCAGAGGAAGAGAGUGGGUAUUACUGUGGGCCAUAUUUAAGCGGCCGCGGCUAAAGCCAAAGGAGGCUUCAGCCUUAUCAAAAGGAUUACCAGCCAUAUCAAAUCCCCAAUCUUGCAGGACAGCAGAUCCCACCAAAUUCAGUGCUCUUUUUCACAUUUAAUCUUUGCUCAAAAACAACGCAAACUGAGAAACUGCUCAUGUGUUCAAGCUCAAGAUUUUAUAAUGCUGUGUCAAAUUUUCAACUUCCCUUUAUUAUUUGUUUCCAAAUCUGUCAGACAUGUUGUAAGAGGCACUUUUCAGGAAUAUUGCAUACAUUAGUUUUUUUUUCUUGCAUUUCUUGUAAAAACUUUAAACCAGUAAACGAGGACUAGAACCUUGCUUCUUGUGUGUCAUUGCUUUAUAGAGUAAGCCUGUUUUUAAAUCUGAGAGCUGUGAGUUCCUCGAUGUUUACAGAGCUAGUCACGACUGCUGUCCAACCCCAUUACUUAUUUAUGUUGGAGUCUGUCGAUAAAUAAGUAAACAAAUGAGCACUCAAUUGCUGCAUUUCUCUACACCAAAAACUGAUUGACAAGACCCUGCUGUAACCACGGCCAGAACUGGGGAGCUUGCCCCUUCUUCCCCAGGCUCUCAAACAGUGUCUUUUGUGGUUACGGUCUGGAGGAUUUUGUUAUUUGCCUAAAACUGCCGGCCUUAUCUUGUCAGAUUCAUCAUCGUGUCUCCGUGGUAACAGAGGCCAGUGUGAUGCAGGCAUCCUGCAAGGUAUCAAUAUUUCUCAUGAUGGGUCUUGGAAGCAGCAGUUCUUUUCAAGAGCUCAGUACUUGCCACCAUACACUGUGCGAUCCAAAAUGGACAAGAAUAAAUUAUUGACCCACAGAGCGCUCAGUAUCUCACUCAAGCUGAUGUUUUAUUUAUUUUUUCGGGCAUAUUCUGCCAGGAAUGAAGAGGCAGUAUGUUAAGAAAACCAUCCUCUUCACCUAGAGUAUGCAGAUUCUAAUCUCUGUUGUAAGAAAUCCAAGUAAAAACAGAAAUUAUUUCUCCUUUAAAACGCCAUCAAAGACGGCAACAGAUGGCAUUACUGUCUGGUUAGGGAUUCUUUAAUUGAUGUUAAAAUAUUAUUGGAAUUUGAAUGGCUUCCAGCUGCUCAGAUACAAAAUCUUAAUAUAUUUUUGGAUUUUUAAACUUAAUAAGGACUACAGAAUCAAUAUUCAAAUACUUAAAUACUUGAACAUUUGAAUAGAAUAGUUUUUGUUAAUAAGGGCUUUUUGUACAUAUUUUAAAUUAGCAAUCUAGUAUAAUGUGUGAAUUAAGAAAUGUCAUAAUUACAAAGUAGUGAGGAUCACAUUCAUUAUAUUCAUUUUUAGAUUAUAAAUAAUAAUAUUACAUAUCCAUGUUCUUGCUCUAGAAGUUAUUGCUUGAUCGUAACUACAUUGAAAUGUAAGUCCUCUGUAUUUUCCUAAGUGGGUUCUUCUGAUAUCCAGUUUGUAAGCCCAUAGAAGAUAUUGUGCAACUCUGUAAGACCUGCGCUUUGGUGAGAUUGCAUCUGUGGAUUUGCAUUCGCACUGACUCACGGCAUCUUUAUAAAACUGAAAUGUACCUGGUAUCAUGCACAAGAGUUGAGUGACCACUAAGUGGCACUAUUUUCCUAACUUAUUUGCAGUCCGCUGGCAUUGACGCUGCAGACAGUGCCAGCAGCCCAUGUGUUUUUACCGUUAAUCCAGCUCUGCCUUUCCUCAUCUUGGUUGACAGCACAUCUAUUUUGGCAUAAGUGUUUGCAAGGAACUCCCCGUGCAUGGAUUUAUCACGGCACUCCAGAGGAAGAGUUUUUAAAUCAAACUAUCAUCGUGCACUUAAUGCAUCAGGUACUCAGGCCUGUAACCCUUAUAUAUUCCCCCAGUGUUGCCAUUGCUGCCUGGAUGGCUCAAAAGUGGCCAUUUACUGUAUUCUCAACAACCACUUACUAUCUGUAAAAUUAGAGAUUAAUUAUUUAAAAAAUACACAUCCUCUUUAGCAAUAUAUGAAUUGUCUGGUUUGCUUUUCGGUGGCUUUGUCUGGUACCUGCCCGCAGGAAAAACAUGUCUGCACUUGUGAUGAAUUAGGUUGUUUUUGUGUCUGACCAAGGAGAGUAUGAGUCACAGCAGUCUCUAACUGUCCCAUCCUCCCUCUCAUUUUCACUGUCCCCAUGUGCUCGGCACCUUCUUGCACGUCAGCCGGUUUACAUUUACCCUCUCACUGUUUCCCAGUAUUCAUGUAUAUCGUGUUAUGCCACAUUUCCUUUUGUCGUUAUAUCUGUAUUUUUAGCUUAAUUAAAUCAGGCAUGGGCAUAAAAGCUGAGAAUUGUAAAUGCCUCCUAUGACUCAAUGCACUACAGCAGAAAUAAACAGAGGAGGUGGAGAUUUGUUUUUUUUUUUGUUUGCUUUUGUCGCAGGGUAAGGUGUGGCGUUUGAGGACCUGUAUGCGAGACCCGAAAAGAGCCUGUAAAAGUGAUGUGCAUUUCACUGUCAUUUACUGGAUUACAUCAAAACUGAGCAAAACUCGACAGACUCUCUUAAACGUACCUGUAUCUCAAGGGGUAUGCGGGAGGGAAAAAUAAGAAAGGCUAAAUUGAUAUGAACCACUUAAGAGAAAUGCUUUACAAAAGAUUUUUUUUCGAAUACGCUGUUUCCUUCAUAAUGGAUGUCUUAUGUAGUGCAGCACUUGUAGUUUUCAAUUUCAGAUUAAGGUCUUAGAAAAGCUGCAUACUGACAGUGUCCAGAUGAUUUUUGCACAAUUUGGAUAUUUUUUAUAAGAAAAACAUAUAUUUUCCUGAAUCUUUGUUAAAAAAUAUUGUUUUAGAGCCUAUGCAAAUAUAAAAUGUAUGUUGUUCAUAAGUUAACUGGACUUUAGCAGGGAGCAACAUCAUCUCACCUUGUGUCCACUUUCUAUAGCACUUACAAAGUUCAAAAUAGAAACAAAGGCAACAGGUUCAUUAAGGCCAGAUCAAAAGUUCUGAGCCGCUGGCUUAAUCAAACAAGUCUGUUGUUUUUGUCAUAACCGGUCUAAUUGCCAACUUCUUUUAGCCUGUGUGCAUUUGAGAGGCUCUUGAUCAGUAUCUCUGUGGAAAUGGUAACAAUAAAGACUUUUAUAGAGGA